AUGAUGAUGAUGAUGAUGAUGAUGUCUCCAGUCUGGUUGGCCACGCGCCCGGUCAGAAUAUGUCAAUUACCGUCGUGUAGCGUACUCGUGGCACAGCUUGACCUAAACGCGCUUUGGUUUGUUGCUGACUCGAGAGAAGCUCCUGGAAAUAGGAGACACACGCACACACACACACGAUCGCACCUCAAAGGCACGUCCGUGGAAAUAAGGGGUGGCAGUGAAGAAUGCACCUCGUCGUCCAGGCCACUUGCGUUUGCCUGCAGUCGCCCUGUGCAAGUAGCAACUCGAUUCCCAACGUUGGGCACUGGCGCGCUGGACCCCUUUGAUUGCUUUUUUGAUUGUUCGAGUCACCGUCACCGGGCAGUGACACACACUUUCUUUCCUCUCUUUCGGCCCAGGUUGAUUCUGAUCGAUGUACCAAUUUCAACCUUCCACAUUGGUCCUUCGCCAGGGGUGGAAUGGGAAUGA